AUGGCUUCGCAGAGGCUGUACGCUUUUUGGGAGAGCACAGACACGAAGGUCCACAUGAAUACGCUCUCGAACGAGCUGCCGCUCAAGGCCACGUUGAUUGCGUCGACGCGUUGA